UUAAGGUUAGGAAUUAGAAAUUUAAAAAUUAAAAAUAUUUAAACAUGAAAUAUUUUUACAAAAUGUGUUAAAAGAUAAAUUAACAUAAUCUAACUAAAAAUGUUUAAAUUAUGUAACAAAUCGUGUAUUUCACAUUUAUUUAGAAUAUCAAAUUUGACUGAAAAUUAUAAAUUUUGUCUAGUGACAUUUAAAUCACCAAUUAUAAGAUUUAAACACGACGAACAAGUUAAACCCUCUCUACCUCGACCAGAAAAAGAAUUACCAGAUCAUAGAAAAAUUGGAAGAGAACAAGAAUUAUUUUUCUUCCAUGAAAUGUCUCCCGGUUCUUGUUUUUUCCAACCUUAUGGAACUCACAUAUACAAUACACUGGUAAAUUUUAUUCGAAGCGAAUAUAGGAAAAGGGGAUAUCAGGAGGUAAUUUCCCCGAAUAUUUACAAUACAAAGUUAUGGCAGACUUCAGGCCACUGGUCGCAUUAUUCAGAGAAUAUAUUUUCAAUAGAUAUAGAGAAUGAUAAAUAUGCAUUGAAGCCCAUGAAUUGUCCGGGACAUUGUUUAAUUUUUGACCACCGCAUUAGGUCCUGGAGGGAACUUCCUCUUCGUCUAGCAGAUUUUGGUGUGCUUCAUAGAAAUGAACUGUCAGGUGUAUUAACAGGUUUGACUAGAGUUAGAAGAUUUCAGCAAGAUGAUGCUCACAUUUUCUGCACUCCUGAGCAACUGAAAAGUGAAAUAAGUGAUUGUUUAAAUUUUGUGGAAUAUGUUUAUUCUACAUUUGGCUUUACCUUUGAACUGUGUUUGUCAACUAGACCUGAGAAAUAUAUUGGGGAGCCAGAAUUGUGGGACUCUGCUGAAAAAGCAUUAGAAGAAAGUCUUGUUCAGUUAAACAAACCUUGGCAGUUGAACCCUGGUGAUGGAGCAUUUUAUGGCCCAAAAAUUGAUAUAACCAUUAAAGAUGCGAUUGGCAGGCCUCAUCAGUGUGCAACCAUUCAAUUAGACUUUCAGCUACCCAUUAGGUUCAAUUUAUUAUAUGAUAGUGAUAGUGGGGAAAAGAAAAGACCAGUCAUGAUCCAUAGAGCAAUUCUUGGGUCAGUUGAAAGAUGUAUAGCUGUUUUAAGUGAAUCUUAUGCAGGUAAAUGGCCUUUUUGGUUAUCACCAAGACAAGCUAUGGUAAUUCCUGUUAGAUCGACUUGUGCUGAAUAUGCAAACGAAAUUAGGGAAAAACUUUUUAAUGCUGGAUUUAUGAUAGAAGUUGAUCUUGAUUCCCACAAUACUCUCAAUAAGAAAAUCAGGAAUGCACAGUCUCAACAGUUCAAUUUUAUAUUAGUGGUUGGAGAAAAAGAAAAGUCAAAUGGGACAGUAAAUGUUCGUACUCGAGAUAAUAUUGUGCAUGGACAAUAUAGUUUAGAUGCUUUAAUACAGAUGUUUAGUGAAUUAAAAAAUAAGUUCGUUAAGAAUGAGUAAGAGUUCUAAGAAUAAAU